AUGAACCAUGCAUGUCGGGCCUUAACAUAUAUGAUGGAAGCACUUCCCAGAUCAUCUGCUGUAGUGGUAGAUGCAAUUCCUGUCUUCUUGGAAAAGCUGCAAGUUAUUCAGUGCAUUGAUGUGGCAGAGCAGGCGCUUACAGCCCUGGAGAUGUUAUCACGCAGGCAUAGUAAAGCCAUUCUGCAGGCAGGUGGGUUGGCAGACUGUUUGCUGUAUCUGGAAUUCUUCAGUAUAAAUGCACAGAGGAAUGCACUAGCUAUUGCUGCCAACUGCUGCCAGAGUAUAACACCUGAUGAGUUUCACUUUGUGGCGGACUCUUUGCCACUGCUUACACAAAGGUUAACCCAUCAGGACAAAAAGUCUGUUGAAAGCACUUGUCUCUGUUUUGCACGGCUAGUGGACAACUUCCAGCAUGAGGAGAACUUGCUCCAGCAGGUUGCUUCCAAGGACUUGUUAACAAAUAUCCAGCAACUCUUGGUAGUGACGCCUCCUAUCCUGAGCUCAGGAAUGUUCAUCAUGGUGGUGCGCAUGUUUUCCUUAAUGUGCUCCAAUUGUCCUACACUUGCAGUCCAACUUAUGAAGCAAAAUAUUGCAGAAACGCUUCACUUCCUCCUUUGUGGAGCCUCAAAUGGGAGUUGUCAAGAACAAAUUGACCUUGUUCCACGAAGUCCUCAAGAACUUUAUGAGCUUACUUCUCUUAUCUGGUAAGUUAUGCAGCCUU